AUGGCGGUUGUUAUAAACUUGACAAUAGCAGACGACAUUAACACGUCCAUUCCUACGCCAUCACCGUGGUUUGAAGGCUAUAGCAUAGUCUAUUACAUCUCAGUGGCUGUUCUGCUUCAACUGUCUGUUCUUAUUAACUCAUUAAUUAUCCUAGUCGUCUGCUGCACGCCAAGAUUAAGGACGACACCAAACGUCUUCAUCUCAUCUUUAGCCGUCUGUGAACUUUUAUUUGCUGUUUUCAUUACUGCACGCUCAGUGAUAGCGAGCAAAGGUUUACUAACCGGCAACUGGCCAGGAUUUGGCCACAUUAUCGUACGUGUUAUGAUAUUUAUUUGGCUAGCUACAUUGUGCAGCAACUACACAAACAUUCUAUUGAUAUCACUGGAGCGCUGGCUGUACAUCACGCAGCCGUUUCUCCACGUGAAGAUGAAUCGGACGCUUCUAGUGGUGUCGAGUCUUAUAUUUGCCUGGGCCGUACCAUUGGUAACCAACGUGGAACUCAUCACAGAAGAAGACAUUAACUAUCAACUACAGCUGAGGUUGGCGCACCUCUUUCCCGCCUUUCACGCCGUCUGGAGCGGCGCUCUGUGUGCCAUAUACGUGCACAUUUGCGUGAUCACUCGGAGACAAAUCAGGGUCAUCUGCAAGCUGACCAUUCCAGCAGAGCGCCCAGGGCGACGAUCUCCGGGCGGAAGUGGCUUCAAGCACGUCAGGGCAAACUGGAAAACGUUCAAAUUGCUGGUGGUGGUCUUUGGCACCUUCUUCGUGCUGAACACCCCGGGAAUCCUGUUCAACAUCUACCUUCAUAGCAAGGGCUGCGAAAACUAUUGGUCCGACGUACCUUGGUACAUCAAGUUCCUGACAGUCAUCCACAACUGUUCUAACUAUUUUAUCUACGUCCAUCAAGACAGAACCUUCUACACAGUAUGCUGUGGCCAUUUCCGCAGAGUGAGAAGCCUUCUACCAAACUAUCAGGUGGAGAUGUCAUCAGGGCUGAACAAAGGUCCCUCAAUGUCCAGGAUAUCUCGUCCAUCCAGUAUACCAUCAAUGUCAGUAACAACAGAGAAUAGAAACAUUGUCUAG